AUGCAAACAAAUUUGCCACCUCCCGGUUUGACCGAAUGUGAUUUUCAACUUCUCAAAGACAAUGCGAUAAAGGCUCGCGAGCUGUCAUACAGCCCGUAUUCCACGUUUCGCGUGGGAUGCUGCAUCAUGACAAAAGCUAAAGCAUGCAUUCUGGGCGCUAACGUCGAGAACGCCAGCUACGGAGCAGGUAUCUGUGCCGAGCGGACUGCCAUUGUCAAGGCCGUGACCUCUGGCCAUGCCAACGACUGGCUCUGUCUUGCCAUUAGCGGUGACGCUCUAGAGACGUGUAUCUCGCCCUGUGGCAUCUGCAGACAAGCCAUUCGCGAAUUUGCAAGUCUCGAGCUACCAAUUGUGAUGUUCAACGGCGAUGGCUCCAAAUUCAUCAUCAAGUCGCUGCAAGAGCUGUUACCCUUGAGUUUCGGACCCGACGAUCUUCGAGAAAACUAA